CGCGAGCCAAUUCAAUGAACUCAUUGCUCGAUUCGGUCAGGAACCAAAAUAGGGGUAUGGGCUUCCCUCUCAGCGAAUAAGAUGCGCUGAAAUCUGUGAACAAACUUCCAAAACUAGCGCUGAAAUUACCAAUAUAGAUGUCUAAGCCAGAACCAGGGCGUCCACUUGUAGAAUUUGUAUCGGACAAUACCACAAAUGGGCCCGAUGUCGUUCCUUACCACGCGGACCCUGCAAGUUAUAGCACUGCCAUAGUCGGCGGCGGCUCAAACAAGAGAUACGACAAUCGUUCGCAGGAGCAGAGGCCUCUUUUAGGCCGAGGACGAUCAGGGCACAUGGAGAGCACCAGUGAUUCUGAGUAUAGCUGUAAUGUGAUUGAUGAUCCUGAGUUCGCCUCGGUCAUACGGGCCGCAGAGCAAGCAAUUGAUGCCGGAAUCUUACCAGAGCGAAUUUACCAGGGAUCCAGUGGCAGUUAUUUCGUGAAGAACAAGGAAGGGAAAAAGAUUGGUGUCUUUAAACCCAAAGAUGAGGAGCCAUAUGGCCACCUCAACCCCAAAUGGACCAAGUGGUGCCACAAGAUGUGCUGCCCUUGCUGCUUUGGCCGUCACAUGUUGGUACCAAAUCAGGGGUAUAUGUCAGAGGCAGGCGCAAGUCUGGUGGAUCGGAAAUUAGGGCUCAAUAUUGUACCAAAGACUAAGGUUGUUCGAUUAGCUAGUGAUACCUUUAAUUAUACUGCAUUCGACCGUGCAAAGGCAAGAUCUAAGAAGUUUGCAACAGAGAGAUUUCCAGACUCAUUAGGGAAGCAUGUUAAGGCAGGACUACCACCGAAGGUCGGGUCCUUCCAGAUGUUUGUGGAUGAGUUUAAAGAUGCUGAAUUUCAUUUGAGAAGGUUUGAAAGUGAGCCAUUACCAUCACAGACUUAUAAGGACUUCUUACUACAGUUCCAGAAAAUGGUCUGUCUGGAUUAUAUUAUUAGGAAUACAGAUAGAGGUAACGAUAAUUGGUUAAUCAAAUAUGAAAAGACACCAGAAGUGGAAACUGAAACAGUAAAAACAGCAGAUGGGGAGACAGCAUGGGAUGUCGUCAGUCCACCAAAGAUAUAUGUUGCUGCUAUAGAUAAUGGUCUGGCUUUUCCUUAUAAACACCCCGAUUCAUGGAGGGCAUACCCCUUCUACUGGGCAUGGUUAAGUCAUGCUAAAGAACCCUUCUUAGAUGAAAUUAAAGACAUGGUGCUUCCUCAGCUAUCAGAUAUGAAUUUUGUGACAGACCUCACAGACGAUUUAUACGUGCUUUUUCAUGAAGAUAAAGGCUUUGACAGGUCGACCUUUGAGAAGCAGAUGUCAUUAGUCAGGGGGCAGAUCCUAAAUCUAAGUCAAGCCCUUCGUGACUCUAAAUCCCCACUUCAGCUCGUGCAAAUGCCUGUGGUCACAGUGGAGCGUAAGAAGGGUGAUGGUCUAGAUAGAGGUAGAAGUCACAGUGAUGCAUUCACCCAGAGCUUCCAACAUCGUCCUCCAUUCUUCUCUUGGUGUUAAACUUCUCAGGCAGUUUUAAGAAUUCAUAUGCAGCGUGAUUGUCCACAACACAUGUUCAAUACCAGAAUAAAGUAGAGCAGCUUGUAUUGAACAAGUACACUGUUUGACACAUUCAUAUCUCGUGUAUUAUAUGUACACCAAAGCCUUAGUACAGAAUGCAAACCUAAGGGUGAAUAGUAUACAGCAAAUAGGUGUGUGCACUGAUGACAGGAGCACAAAAUGGCAAAGUUCAAAUUGUAAGGUCGUGUUAGCUUAUUUUCGCUUGAUUUUUUGCAAAAUUAUAUGUUAUUUGUGUAAUAUAAACCAAAAUAAGCAUAGUAUUUUUGGUAGAUAAUCCGAUAAUGGUAAUCCAAAUUAUUGUACUCUGUUUGUCUGAAAUUGCCCAAUUUAGGCGAAAUUGCUACUUUUACAUGAUUUAUGGCAACUUUGCUCAAUCAUAUCUCAAGAACGAAUCAUCUACCAAAAAGUACUAAAGCCUAUUUUGUUUUAUAUUGUACAAGGAAUCUCUAGGCAAAAUAUUAACAAAUUAUAAGCUAACACAAACCUUACAAUAUUAAUUUUGCCAUUUUUUUGCUCCUGCCCACUGUGACUAAAAACAUAAAAGCAGUAAUUCAGCAAGCAUGAAUGGUACAGCGAGUUGGAUUAACACUACCAUAAUCCACCCUUUUGGCCCUCAUGCAGUUAUAAUGGACAGUAAUCAAUUGGAAUCAAUCAAAGAUGGAAAUACUCUUUGGAGUAUCCUGAGUAACGCACUGUGGACCUAGAUUUGUCAAGAUUACAAGGGGUAGAAUAAACAUUUAUAAGCGGGUUAUUCAACAAAGAAUUCUCCUAUUAUUGGGAGAAAGGAAAUUUUUAGGUCAUGUUUUCCAUUUUGAGUAGAAUAGACAUAUUUUUGAAACCUAAGAUUUCCAUAUUUGAUUGCGAUUAAAAAUCCUUCUAUUUGUACAAAAGAAUAAAAUAAAGAU